AUGGCACUUUCAUCUCCCACAACAGUCAAGGAAGUGCAGAUGCACUUUCUAUUGCUUCCGACGUGGUUCAGUUAUUCGGCCUACUCACAGUCCACUUAA